AGCUACGUUAUUUUCGUCGUUGCCAAAACCACGAAACCAGGAAACCCACUCACCCACCCGCCGCCCCAGCCGCGCCGCUUUUCCCGUCUAAGCUCGCCAUCCGCCUCGGCGCCGCAAUACAUAUGGCCUGCGCCGCCGGCUCCGCGCGGAAGGCAUCGGCCGUGCUGUACCACUACCCGUGCCCGGACGGCGCAUUCGCCGCGCUCGCCGCCCACCUCUACUUCUCCGCCGCCGCCCUCCCCGUCCGCUUCUUCCCCAACACCGUCUAUGACCCCAUCAGGAGCGAUGGUCUUCCGUUUGACGAAAUUGAAGAUGUUUACCUUCUUGACUUCGUAGGGCCUCCUGGUUUUGUUGCUGAUAUAGCCCCGAAAGUUCAGAGUGUAACAAUCUUAGACCAUCAUAAGACUGCCAUGGAAAGUCUGUGUGGGAGUGCCACACUUGGAGAAAACGUGAAUAAGGUGAUUGACAUGCAACGCAGUGGAGCAACAAUUGCAUUCGACUACUUUAGGAACAAGUUAUUAACAGAAGCUAGUACUUCACGGAAUCAUGGAAGUGGUAAUUCUGUAACUGAAAUGAAAUAUCUACCUGAAAACAAGCUUGAAAUGGUGCACAAGCUUUUCAAGUUUAUUGAGGAUGGAGAUCUAUGGAGAUGGACUAUUCCAAAUAGCAAGGCCUUCAGCAGUGGCCUCAAAGAUCUGAACAUUGAAUUUAAUGUCAAUUCAAAUGGGAAGUUAUUUGAUCAGUUGCUGGAGUUGGAUCCGGAGCAAGUAAUUUCUCGGGGACAAGUAACAUUAUCGCAGAAGCAAACAUUAAUUGAUGAUUGUUUGGAGAAGUCCUUUGAAAUUGCUCUAGGAUGUGGCCAGUUUGGGAAUUGUCUGGCUGUCAAUGCUGAUGCUAUUUCAAUGCUGAGAAGCGAACUCGGAAAUCAGCUCGCUAACAAGAGUCGGAAUUCGAAUCUGAGAGCUAUUGGUGCUGUAGUAUAUAAAGUCCCCGAGUUGAAUAAUGACGAGAUGCUAAAAAUCAGCCUGAGAAGUUUGGAACAAGAAGACACGACUUCUAUCUCCCAGGAAUUCGGAGGUGGGGGGCAUCGAAACGCAAGCUCAUUUCUGCUUAGUGUUGCAGAAUUUGAGAGGUGGAAGGUUGGAGCUGAACCUUCGAAUGCAGAAACUGCCUAGCCACCCGGUUUUCUCUAUUAUUCCCAUCAAUCAAGGAAGUGCUAAGGUUCAGAAGGACGAAGAUACAAAGGAUGGGAGCGGCUGGGUUUUAUGUUUUGGGGCGCAUCCCAUCAUCAUGCAAAGGAGCACAUUGCAGACGUGUGUGGAGACUUUAUUCAGCAUUGUGCUAUCACGCCGGCCGUAUUGUUUGACGCUCAUGAGUAUGCCUGGGGGAGCAAGCAGGGCUUGCCUUACCAAGUUUGCUGAAACUGUUGAGCAUCCGUGUGCACUUUUUCUGUAGGCUAAUCUAGACUUUAUGGACCCCUAGAACGGGCUAGCUUGUUACGACUUCCAUAAGCAACGGCACUGCUGUACUGUGGUAAUUAGCAACUUAGGGAUUUUCGGAUGCAA